GUGCAAGCUGCGUCUUCAGUUCCAGUCGCUUGUUGUCGUUCUGACGGUCUCGUUCUGUGACCGUGCGCCGCUCCGUGCUUGCAAAGAGUGUUGGAAAAUUAUUAAAAAAGAAAAAAUAAGAAGAGCCACAUUAAAAAAUCAGUACACAACAGAUAACAGCCGAAACGGUGUUCUUUCAAUUGUGCUGCAUACUAAAAAUUCCCCAAACAAAAAAAAAAAAAAAACAUAUAACAUACAAUAAAAAUCAAGCUAGCGCGUGUUUUAGCUCGUUCGAAUCGCCAAUUCAUAUAAUUGAAUUUAAAUAAAAUAUAUUUGAUAAAAAUGCAGUACAUCUAUGUGAUUAGCGCGCUAAUUUUGGCAAUUGCCGUGCAGCAAGGCGCUGCCAUCAAGUGUUUUGUGUGCAACAGCCAUAAGGACGCCAACUGUGCGCUGGACAUACCGCCAGAUAAUCUGCUGAAGGACUGCCAGGAGGAUUACUCGACGCGCGGCAAGGGCAUACCCACCUAUUGUCGCAAGAUCACACAGAUCAUUGAGUUCUCCGUGAACAGCCUGCCGCCAGAUAGCCGUGUGAUACGCACCUGCGGCUUCCAGAAUCAAACAUCGACCAAUUAUUGCUAUAGCCGUGCCGGCUUCGGUGGCCGCCAGGUGGUCUGCUCCUGUGAUACGGACAACUGCAAUGGCGCCGCAGCGCUGAGCGGCGUCUCGGGCCUCGGACUGCUGGCCACCGUGGGCCUGCUUGUGGGCGCCUGCAAGUGGUUGCAGCGUUAGGUGUCCAUCGUUUCGGAUUGGGCGACGCUUCAUUUUCUGUUUCUCUUUGUUUUUCCAACAUGUCGUCGUUUGUUUUUCCCUAGAAAAUCCUAAGUUCUGUGCCAUUUCCCAGCCGUCUCAGCAAUUUUCAUCCCCGCAGCUGCUACAAUCUCGGCUCGAUUCCAGCCAAUAUUUUUUUCUCCUAUAUCUCAAUGUCCUACGGCAAAAGCUUUAUUAUGAAAACUCUUUGAUUGUAUAUAAAAACAAAAGGAAAAUAAUAAGGAAAAUAACAAUAAAAAUUGGCCAAUAAAAGCAUAUUUCAAAUAACAAGAAUUCUGAAACAAAAGUAUUAAAAAUAAAUUUUUAAAAAACCUACCGCAGUUAAUGAAAAAUAAGUAUUCAAAGCCCCACUAAUAAAAGCGAUUAAUUAAAUAAA